AUAUCCCUGUUAUUCAAGAUUUACCAGUUGGGGUCGAAAUGUACGACCAUCCCAGCUUUCCUGGAGUGAUGUUUCGGUUGAAUGAAAGUAUAGAUAUACAUACAGGUUUACUGAAAGAUUUGAUAAAUCCUUCCACGUACCAUCAAUAUUUCAAAGAAUCUACAGGUAUACUGACAACGCUAGGUAUGGAGAAGAAUGGCAUUCGUGCAUCUAUGACUGGAUUUGAAGCCCUCCAGAUUUUUUCAACUUCUGAAUACAAUUUGAUCAUGAGUACAUGGAUAAAUGAAGUGAUCGACAGAAAAAAUUCAAUCUUAAUGACAUGUUAUGUUUACUUUCUAUUCACUAUAUUAAAAACAUUGUUUAUUCCACAGAUUUUUCCAAUGUUAGUUCAUCCAAAAUCCAAAGGGCACAUGGAACUGAGAUCUAGAGAUCCUUUAGAUUCGCCUAAAUUCUACGCAAACUAUCUUUCAGAUCCUGAAAAUCAUGAUGUCAAAGCUUUCAUAUAUGCGAUAAGAGAAAUACAAAGAAUCAACAAUAGUCCAUCUAUGCAAAAGUACGGAGCAAAAAUAGUUGACACGAAAAUACCAGGUUGUGAAGACCACCAGUUCGAUAGUGACGAAUAUUGGGAGUGUUCUCUGAGAGUUAUUAUCGGUAGUCUUUAUCAUCAAGUUGCUACUUGCAAAAUGGGACCCAAAAAUAAUGGCGAAGCAGUUGUUGAUCCUCGUUUGAGAGUUCAUGGAAUGAAAAAAUUACGUGUUGCAGAUACAAGUGUGGCUCCAAUGACUUUUACGGCUCAUACAGCAGCUCCAGCCUACGCAAUUGGGGAGAAAGCUGCAGAUUUAAUAAAAUCUGAUUGGCUUGAAAACUGAACGGUGCACAUAUGAGUUUUACUAUAUCAAUUUUUUUGGGAGGGUACUAUUUUAAAUGUUUAUAAUGAAUAAAGAAAAUUUAUUUUCAAA